CUGGGGCGUGAUUUCCUACUUAAACCCCUAGUCUUCCCCGGAUUAAACACACACGAGAGAUACACGGCUUUCAUCAAAUGUAUAUUUCCAACAGGAAGACAAUUUCAAAAGAACAUCCAAAAUGAAUGACAACCCAGUCAAGCAGGAAGUGCAGAACUUCGACAAGAGGUGUCUGAAAAAGACCAGCACUCGUGAGAGAAACAUUCUCCCAACACAGGAUGUUAUUGACCAAGAAAAGAAGUGUCCACCUGAAGCUUGUGAAGUCUGUCAAUCAUGAAUCUUCUUGUAUCUCUUUAUCAAACACCCCCACCCUUUCCCUUCUCAACUUUAAGAUGUUGUACUCAAUCACCCUCUUCACUUCCUGCACUCAACUUUUGUUUAAAUCAUAUCUUGGUCUCUUUACAGUGCCAUAGGCAAGGAGACAUGCAACUGAAUGGGCAGAUGAGUGGCAAAAUCCUGUGUAAUUCCAGCUAUUUUUAAACUUUUUUUCCUUCCUAUUUUGCAUUACUGAGAGUGGAUUAAGCUGGCACUGGAGCAGCUGAGCAAUCAAAUGUAUGUUUUAUCAUCAGUCAACAACUCUGUUAACUAUAUCCAUGUCUCUGUAUCUGGUAACAUUCAGUAUGAGUUAUCCCGUAAAUGAUGUGUAAUAAAUAAUUUUUAAAACGUG